GCGAACACUGCGAGGGUGGACGCCGCAGGGCCUGCACAACCUGCCAGACGUUUUAAUUAGAGCGUUCAGGUGAUCCUGAGGAUGAACGACUACGGGUACGGCAAGAGAGGCGGUAGGGAGCACGACAGACGUAGCAGGAGCAGGGGCGACGAGGACGAGUACGAUGAUCGUGAUCGAAGAACCACCCUCCAGAGGCUCGACAGUGUCCAGGAUCCUGGAAAACGGUAUCUUCUCAGAGAGUGCAUAGGCUCUGGCGUAUGCGGAGACGUCUACGAGGCCAUCGACCAGCAAGCCGGGAACAAGAAGGUCGCGGUGAAGGUGCAGAAACUGACUCCGGAAUCGCAGUCGUUGAUCAUCGAGGAGUACAAAGUCCUACGUGACCUGGCCACCCAUCCGAAUUUGCCGGAGUUUUACGGGAUUUACCGCAGGAGGUCCGGAAAGAAGACGGAGUACGAUCAAAUAUGGUUCGUCAUGGAGCUUUGCGAUGGAGGACCAGUGAUGGACCUCGUGCGGGGCCUCGUGUCCAUGGACAAGAAACUGCGCGAGGAGCAUAUAGGUUAUAUCCUGAAGGAAGUGAUCAAGGCAGUGAUACAUCUGCACGAGAACAACGUGAUCCACCGCGACAUACGCGGCAGCAACAUCAUGCUGACCAGAGAGGGGGAAGUGAAGCUGGUUGACUUCGGUCUGUCGAGGAUGAUACAAGGCGAGAUGGGCAAACGGUACACCUGCGUGGGAUCGCCGUGCUGGAUGGCGCCGGAAGUCGCCAUCAGCAAAGGGAACGCUUCCGACAGCGGCUACGGAAGUCGAGCGGACGUAUGGGCGAUUGGAAUCACCGCCAUCGAGCUGGCGGACGGGAAACCACCGUUUCAAGACAUGCACCCCACCAGGGCGCUCUUCCAAAUCGUUCGCAAUCCGCCCCCCAAUUUGUACAGGCCCUCCAACUGGACGCAAACCUUCAACGACUUCAUCGCUGAGUGCCUGGAGAAGAACCCGGAGAACAGACCGUUCAUGGCGGAAAUCUUCGAACACCCCUUUUUAUCGGAGCUGCCCGACAGCGAAUUCUUGCUGGCGAAGGAGAUCAAGGUGCUAAUGAUGGACGCCUGCCCGAAAGGCAAACAGGACAGGCGAGCGGAAGUGAUAGUUCGAAAGAAUUUCCUGAAGGUUCAUCAAACCGAUCCCCUGGAGCCCAUGUUCAUGGAGGACGUGGCGGCGCUGGAGACGUUGACAGAGGACACCAUUUUGGACGAGCUCCACGAGAGACUGCGCCAGGGAUACUACCACAGCUUCGUUGGCGACAUACUGUUGAUCUUGAAUCCCAACGAACAGCAGGACAUUUACGGAUGUGACUAUCACACCAAGUAUCAGUGCAAAUCGCGAUCGGACAACGCGCCUCACAUAUACUCCGUGGCGGACAGUGCCUAUCAGGACGUGUUGCACAACGAGGAGCCUCAGCACAUCCUCUUAGCUGGCGAGAGCAACUCGGGGAAGACCACGAACAUGAUGCACCUCGUUCGACAUCUCAUGUACCUGGGAAAAAGCUUGCAGGACACCGGGGCGAGACUGUUCCGUGCCAUAAAGGUGGUCCACGCGUUCAGCAACGCGGCCACACCGCUGAAUCCCAACUCGACCAGGUGCAUCCUGGAGAUCCAGACCACGUACGGCUCGUCCGGGAAGGCUUCCGGCGGCAUAUUCUGGCUGUAUCAGCUGGAAAAAUGGCGCGUUUCUACCCGCGACAGAAAUCAAUCGAAUUUUCACGUGUUCUACUACUUCUACGACGGCCUCGACUCCACGAGCAAAUUGAAGCAGUACGAUCUGCCGCCGGGCAGGAGGAUGAGGUAUCUGAGGAUCAGCGACAAAGGAACGGAACGGAAACGGUCGUUCAAAGUGAGGAACGAUCCGCGGGGGAACGUGGUCAAGUUCGAGGAGCUGAUGGAAAAUCUACGGGUGCUGGAGAUGGAGGAGUACUGCGAGACCAUAUGGAAGGUGUUGGCCGCGAUCCUCACGCUGGGCGAGAUACGAUUCGUCGAGGGCAACAACGGGGAAGCCGACAUGGACAACAACGAGGCGGCCAACAGAGCGGCGAAACUUCUGGAACUGGACGAGAAGAAGUUCGUCUGGGCCCUGGUGAAUUACUGCGUGAUUGUCAAAGGGAGCGUUGUACGGAAGAAGCACAGCUUGGAGGAGGCGAAGGAGGCAAGGGACGUGCUGGCCAAUACGAUCUACCAGCGGCUGGUCGACUGGAUAGUGAACACUAUCAAUCAUAAGUUUACGGUUACGCGUGCUUUAUUCGGCGACAAGUACGCCAUCAACGUGAUGGAUCUUUUCGGAUUCGAGUGCUUCGCGGUGAACCGGCUCGAGCAGCUGAUAGUGAACACCAUGAACGAACAGAUGCAGUGCUAUUACAACCAGAGGAUAUUCGCGUGGGAGAUGCAAGAACAAGAAGAGGAGGACAUACCGGUGCAACGUUUACACUUUUACGACAACAAGGACGCGAUCGAUCAGCUGCUGAGCAAGAGCAGAGGACUGUUCAGCGUGAUAGACGACGCUUCCAAACACGCCAUGGAUUAUCAGUACGUUCUGACGAAGAUAGAGCAACAGUCGGACAAUCUCUACGUGAAACCGGUGAGUUCUCACGAAUUUACCGUCGCUCAUUACACGGGCAAGCUGGUCUACGACGCCAGCGAGAUCGCCGAGAAGAACCGGGACUUUGUCCCGCCGGAGAUGGUCGAGACUCUGAGACUAUCGAGCUUAGAAACCAUGAAGGAAAUGUUCACGAACAAGUUGACCAAGUCUGGGAACUUGACUAUAGUCGUGGACCAUCCAAAAAUCGCGGAGAAGAAGACCAGUAAGGGGAAAUGGGGCGCGUUGAUGCAGGAGACCUCCAAACCAAGGAAGUUCAACACUGCAUCCAGAGGACAAUACUCCCAGACAAGGAAGAUGAGAACGUGUGCAGCUACCUUUAAGUCCACCAGUCUUGAAAUUCUCAAGAAUCUUUCAACUGGUGGAAGCGGGGGGGUCCACUUCGUCAGAUGUUUGAGAUCAGAUCUCGAGGGGGCGCCCCGAGGCUUCUACCGGGACGUAGUCAGACAGCAGAUCAGGGCUCUGGCGAUUCUGGACACUGCCAAAGCUAGGCAACGCGGCUACCCUUGCAGGAUAUCGUUCCAAGAAUUCCUUCGAAGGUACCAGUUCCUGGCGUUCGACUUCGACGAGAACGUCGAGAUCACCAAGGACAACUGCCGUUUGUUGCUCAUCAGAUUGAAGAUGGAGGGUUGGAUGAUCGGGAAGACCAAGGUCUUCCUUAAGUAUUACAACGAAGAAUACUUGUCGAGGCUGUACGAGACCCAGGUGAAGAAGAUCGUGAAGGUCCAGUGCAUGAUGAGGGCGUUCCUGGCGCGGAAGAACAUGGCGUCGAAGAUCACGACGACGGUGAAGAAGGAUAUCGUGAAGAAAGCGUCUAUAAAGAAGAAGGACACGGUGGAUAUGUCGGAGGACGAGGCGGCGAUAAUGAUACAGAAAGCGUACAGGGGCCACACGGUGAGGAAGGAAAUGGGGCCGAUGAUGGGGAAGAGUCAGAUGGAUCCGGAGACGAUGGACAUGAUGAAGUUCUACAGCAGCAAAUGGAGGUCGAAGAGCAUGUUCCAAGUCCUCCUACGCUACCGUGCAGCCCGCUAUCAAGACCUCGUGCAGUUCUCGCAGCAAGUGCAUCUGUUCAAUCAAGCGAUAGUAGCAAGUCUGGACGCGACGAGUGAGCGCGCAUCCCUGGACAAAGUCAACCAGAAUGUCUCGAAGCUCGAUUUCCUAGGCUACACGCGACCACCCCAAGUGCACAAGUUACCUUUCAACUUUUAUCUCGAGUUACCAUUUUCCAACAUGAAGAGCACUAGCGGAACGGAAGGUCUUGGAUCCGCGUCGUCGUUGGCGUCUGACGACGAGCACGAGGCCUGGGACGCGCCAUUACGGAGACAAACGGUGCCUUGGGCCAUCAGGAACACUCGUACCAGAGACGUCGAGGUUCAAACGACGAACUCGCCACACCGAGUGGCGCAUUCAGGCGCCGAGGGAAAGAGUCUGAUCGACACUCCGUUUUCCAGAGACCCGAAUAUCUCGGUACGAUGCCCACCAGAAGACACGUCCCGAAGCAGAAUGGGUAACGCCGGGUUUCAACAUCAUUCGAGCAACCGUAGUCCUGUACCAUCUGCUAACGCUCAUAAUCCUCGCUCAAAUGAUUACGAUAGCACCGGGUCGAUACGCUCUAGAAAACACGCACCGCCUCCCCCCAUUCCGUUCAAUCAGACGCAACCACCCCCGAUACGUAGCGCCGACAACUAUAGCUCGGAGAGUCGAAGUAAAAGCAACGUGAACACCGGUAGCAACGAUUGGGAGUUCGAGGACAGAGUCAACAGGAACACCGCUAAUCGUAUAAACCCGAUUCAGGAAAUGCAGAUGAUAGGUCGAAGGAACAACGAGGGCCACGAGGACGACGACCCACCUUUCAACUUUCAGGGGAUGCUAAGGAAGACCAGCCAUCAGCGAGCAUCGAUGAAGCGCACUCCUGUCUACGACAGCUAUUCACCGUCACCACUGCCAGGUUCCGGGUACCGUAGCGAGUCGAACGUAGUUUACAGAAGCGGUGGUAGCCGCAGGGACUCCCCCGAGUGGAGUCCCAACGAGAUGGUGAGGAUGUCCGAGAAGUACGGUAAAGAGGGCGCAUGGGGAGAGGAUCGGGCCAGCGGCGGACGAAGAAACGUCUCCGAGAUUGUCACCACCGCCGAGAUCGCGCCGGGAAUCGUUAUAGAGGGUUACGUGGCCGAGUUGUAAAAUUCGA